AAACUGCGCAUUAACAGCCAUUGGCUUGGCCUUAUUUUCACUAUACUUCACCUCAAAAUUCAAGAAGGGCGCCAUACUUGACCAGUCUUCACAAAGAGAGGGCUCCCCUUUGGGAAACACUGCGGCCUCAAAGAGACUGUGUUGGAGACGUGUGUGCAGGGAAUUUUAUGGCCACUCAUUAGCAAGACCAAACUGAGAAGGCAAGCUUCACUUGCUCAAUUUGCUGAACCCGGACGUAUUUCAUCGUCACUCUUCGAAAAGUCAGGGAUUGAAACAUACUGAGGGGCUUGAUUCCAUAGAACUCCUUCAUCAUGGCAACCGCAUCUACUUUGGUCGGCAUCGCCUCUGCUUUCUGUGCGCUUGGCUUGGGGCUUAUGUUGCGUUCCUCUUGGAGGGCCUCACUUGUAACUCUCCUCUUGGGUGUCAUAUCGCUCCUCAUCUUCGUCACGGCCCGUCAUCUUCAGCUUCAACAAAACCGACUGAGACGUCCUGUCUUAUUGUCCGAUAUUGUUGUCAAAGACCCCACAAGCCUUGGCCUUCUGAAAGGAGCCUACUUCCUGGUCGUGCUGGGCUCUGGUGGUCAUACGAAAGAGAUGCUCGCCAUGAUGGAGAUUGGUUUCCCAAACGUACCCAGCAUGCAUCGACGCUAUCUCAUAUCCAGCGGCGACUCCAUGUCUCUUAAACAUCUCGAGGCUUUCGAGGGUCACCUCAAGAGCGCUCAUGGAGAAGAGCAAGUCGGAAGCUACGACAAGUACAUCGUUGCAAGGGCCCGGAAGAUACACCAGAGCCUCCUCACAACACCCUUUACCGCCUUACUGUCCGUUACCCAGAUCUUUCCGCUGCUGCUGUCGUCCCCAUUCAAGGGCGUAAGAAGCCGCCAACAGUUCCCCGAUGUUAUCCUCACCAACGGCCCAGCCACGGGCUUCAUAGUCGGACUGGUCGCUUAUCUCCUCAAGUUGUUUUUCAUCGUACCCGAGGAUACAAUGCAAGUUCUUUACAUCGAGUCCUGGGCACGAAUCCGCACUCUGAGCCUGACCGGUAAACUGUUCCACCGUACCGGUGUUGCUGAUUUGCUGUUGGUCCAGCAUGAGAAGGUGGCCAAGGCAUAUGGUGUUACGAAUGCAGGCUGCAUGGUGGUAAAGAGGACGAGGAACCGCAGCACCUCUGCUCAAACCAACGUCGAUUCUGCAGCCGCUUCGGCGUCCGCUUCCUCGCCAAAGGUCGCCAAGUGGGGACUCUGGUUCUGCUCCAACGCGGCCGUCCGCUUGCCCGCCCAGCCCUUCCAACCCUCAAACUCUUUGUCUUCAAGGUCCAUGCUGAUCUGGAGCCUGUUCUUGCCAAACUUGCGGUUGUUGGACCAUUUCUGGACGGCGAUGGGCCUCGUGAGGAUCUCGGAAGGCGGAAUGUCUCUCAUGACCUGGAACCAUGGCGGUUCCUGGACGGGAAAGCCGGGUAGAAACUUCGUGGUGAGCUCCUGGCUCACAGCCUGGUAG